AAUAUCGCAGAUCCGUUGAAGCAAAUCAGGAAUUGUCAAAAACUUCGACUACAAAAAACUUAUAUUUUGGCCUGACCAGAAUAUCGGAGUAAUUAGAGUGUAGAGUGGAAUAAUUGUUGGAAGGUCACUAUCCCUAUUUAUUCUAAUCGUUCGUGAUCAUGGCAAUCCACAAAACAAGUUUAACAGUCUUGAUAUCUCUGUUGGGCUUAUCUUUCUUAACUGCAAGAAAGCUACCUUCAGCUGACGAACUUGAUGUGUCCAAGUUAAUCGGCACAACAUGGUACGUGGGACUCCAAACAAACGAUCCAGUGGCUUCUUAUCUCACUUGUGCAAAACUUUCAAAUUUUAAGAAAACGAAAACAGGAUUUCAAUACAAUUCUACGGAUCACGGAAAAAGUUCCACUGUGGCAGAAAUAACGGCUCAUUUCAAUCGUCAGAGAGCGGGAAUCUAUCGAUUAAAUAAACAUCUCGACGAAUCGGCGAUUAUCGCUGAUCAUAAGAGUGAUGCGGGAAUGCUUUACAAUUCAGCGGCACAUACUAUGGAUCAACAAGUACUAUUUGGUGACAAUUUUUUGAUUGUUAGUGAUUAUAAGAACUACUACGGAAGUAUACAAAGGUGCAACGACGGAGGUAGUGAAUGGUGUGUUUGGGGAUUUUUUCAGAGUACCAAUCCAACUCUGAAAAAUGUAGCUGCUUUCUACAACAAACUUGCUCAGCAUGGUAUUUCAGCCAUUUUACACGUGUCACUUUGUUCAGAACAAGAGCACUCGUCUAUUUAAAACAAUUUAGGAGUUCAAAUCCAAUAUAUAUAUACGGUAUUAUAAAGAAUUUAAAAAGAUGCCAAGAUAUAAAAUAGAGUUGAUUGGAGUUAUGACGUUUGUAUCUCUGCCUUCGGGGGUUUAAGUUCAUAUAUUGGCGUAGUUUACGUUAUAUUUAUUGAAAAUAUUUUAUUUAUUGCAUAUCAAGUGGUCACUCAUGCAAGAAAUGCGUUUUAUCGGAUUUCUGUUUGACUGCAAUUGCAUCGUUUUCACCGAACUCAG